AUGGGAAAGAAAAAGGCACCUAUUUUUCGCAACGGGGCUAACAAAAGUAAUUCCGAAACCUCUGGAGAUAAUGACAAGAUAGCUGCUAUUCGAACAUGGAAUGAUGUAGAGCACGAUUCAGAAGACGAAUUUUUUGAAGAUAGGGAAAAAGUAUUAUUGAACGAUGCUGAUGAUAACGAUGAAGACGAAAGCGAUCGUGAAGUAUAUGGGUUAGAAGGUAUCGGAUCAGAAAGUGAAGAGGGUUCAGACGAUGAAGACAAAGCCGAAUUCGAAACAGAAGAUAAAACUUGGGGAACCUCAAAACAGGCUUAUUAUGAUGCUGAUGAAGGAGAGGAUUUGGAUGAAAUGCGCGAGGAGGAAGAAGAAGCUUUAAGAAUUCAAAAAGAACAUCUAGCCCAGAUGGAAGAAGCUGAUUUCAUGGAUGACUGGGGCGCUGGUGCAGCUGCCGGAGAUGACGAACAAGAUGAAAAAAAACUAGUGGAAGACGUCAGUAAAGAAUUGGACGAUAUAUCAUUCGAUAAAGCGAAGAUUGAAAAACGUCGCAAAAAUUUACCCGUAACAGAGAAGCUCAAAAUCAUCCAAAAUGAAUCACCUGAACUUAUUGAUCUUUUAGAUGAAUUCAAAGAGAACACUCGUAGCAUUAAUUCGUUAAGGCCUAUUGUCGAAAAAAUACAAGAGAACAGUGAAAAACGGGAGAAAAAAGCAGCACAGUUUCUAUUAUUCAAGUACGAAAUGUUGCUGAACUACAUGACAAACAUUUCCUUUUAUUUUGCUUUGAAAGCUUCAGUGCAAUCAGCUAAUGAAGUACAAUAUCACCCGGUAAUUCAAGCCUUAUAUCAGUUUAGACAGACUCAUGAAAAAUUAGUUGAAAUCGAAGACAAGAUGCAGGAGGAAAUAGAAGAUUUCAUUAACAAUAUUGAUAAAGAGGAAAGUUAUGGAGAUAGUGAAGAACCACACAGCAAAGAGGAGAUGAAGCUACCUCAAAAGCAACAUCUUGAUCAAGCUUACAGUGAUAAAGAAUCCGCACAAGAUUUAUCUGGUUCAGAUGAAGAGUCCGAGGAUGAACAGAAGAUUCUAAGUGACAUACGGGAUAUUGAAGAAGAGUUCAAGAGCUUAAAGAAAUCUUUGGCAAGUAAAAAACGAAAGAGAACAGCUUUAGCGACUGAGUACAAUGACUUUGAGGAAAUGGAUAGCAUAAAUGAUGUUGAUUUAGAAGACAAACUGGCCAAGAAAAGAUCACUUAGAUUUUACACUGCCAAAAUUGAUGCUAAACAAUACAAGAACGUCAAUAAGUACCAAGGUGAUAUUGAUAUACCUUAUAAAGAGAGAAAUAACAAAAAUCAACAGAAAGGUGUUGCACAGCCGGAAGAUGCUUCAGCCGAUUUGGAUGAUGCUGAAUAUGACGAAGAGGAUAUUGCUGCAGCCGAUGAAGUUCGUAAUGGUGUUCAAGAUUCAGAUGAUGAGUUUUAUGAAAGCAUCGUUGCCGAUAAACAAGCGACGAAACGUGCCAAACGUGAGCAGUAUGAAGCAGAAAGACCUGAAAUUGAAAGUCGCGAUAUUGAAGUGGAUGACGGACAGAAACGACUGGCCUCUUAUAAGAUCCUGAAGAAUAAGGGUUUGACGCCUCACCGUAAGAAAGAAAAUAGAAAUGCUCGUGUUAAGCAUAGAAACAAAUAUGCCAAGAAACUCAAGAAGUUGUCAUCUACAAGGGCUGUUCAUAAGAUGCCAACAGCAACUUACGGUGGUGAAAUGAGUGGUGUUAAGACGAACGUCAUCAAAUCUGUCAAGUUAUCGCAAUGA